AUGGCAGCAGCGAUGUCUUCUUCUUGCUGCGCCUCGUCGCUUCGUCUAAUUCCGUUCAAACGGACCUUCCUUUCUUCCGUUCAUUAUCCGGCCAAAACCCUGAUUUUGCGGCCAAUUCCCUCAUUUCUCCGGACGAUCGUCACGUUCCAGAAAGUAUCAACCGGAUUUAUUCCUCCGCGUUCGGCUUCAUCAUCUCCGUCGAGCUCUGAAGAUCUUCAACCCAUCGAAGAGCUUCCUCCGAAGCUACAAGAGAUCGUCAAGCUAUUCCAAUCGGUACAGGAUCCCAGGGCCAAGUACGAGCAGCUGCUUUUCUACGGGAAGAAUCUGAAACCGCUCGAUUCUCAAUUCAAGACGAGGGAGAACAAAGUAGAAGGAUGCGUUUCUCAGGUAUGGGUCAGGGCCUUCUUUGACGAGGAGCGCAACGUCGUGUACGAAGCCGAUUCCGAUUCGGCUCUCGUCAAAGGGCUAGCUGCUCUUCUAGUCCAGGGUUUAUCUGGAAGACCCGUGCCGGAGAUUCUGAGGAUAACGCCUGAUUUCGCGGUUCUUCUCGGUUUGCAGCAGAGCCUGACUCCUUCUAGAAACAAUGGAUUCCUUAAUAUGCUCAAGCUGAUGCAGAAGAAAGCUCUUUUUCUGGAUGUCCAAGCUGUGGAGGGUACAAGUUCAUCAGGAUCUACUCCUGAAACAAACGACGAAGCAAAUGUUCCGGAGGAGGAUUCGGAGUCCAAACCUAGUGUACUUGAGGAUUUGGGAACAGAAAAGGUUGAAGAUUUCGAUAGUGGGUCAAACAUUGUUGCUUUAGGGAGUAGAGGGAUGAGGAUAAGAGAGAUAUUGGAGAAGGAGCUAAACCCUGUUGAGUUAGAAGUUGAAGAUGUGUCUUACCAGCACGCAGGACAUGCCGCGGUUAGAGGUAGUGCUGGUGCUGAUGGCGAAACACAUUUCAACCUGCGAAUCGUUUCGGAGGCUUUCCAAGGUAAAAGCUUGGUCAAGAGACAUAGGAUGAUAUAUGACUUGUUGCAAGAGGAGUUGCAGAGCGGGUUACAUGCUCUCUCUAUCGUGGCUAAGAUCCCGGCUGAGGUUUGA